AUGGCUUUCAAAAACGGGCUUAGCGAACGCCUCGACGAGCUGCGAUUCCCAUCACCUCGUUCGCCUCCCUCGGAGUCUGCUUUUCCUGGGUAUAGCGCCCUCUCACCAGGACAUUCGAAUUUUGGAUUUUCUCGACCAACCCAUGAUGUGCGCGCCAAUCUGCAACGAAGAUUCACAACCGAUUCAAGCAAGCUGUCCUCGUGGAGUUAUAUCAACCAGGCAGCUACCCCAAUGCCAGAUCCUCUGGAUUUAUUGUCAUCGUUCGAGAAGAAACGGCAACAUAUCGAGUACAUGCGCGAGCAGAAAAGACGUUUCGAAGAGGAUAUGAAACUGCUUGAUAUGCAGCACGAGAAAGAAAAGAUCGAAAUGGAUAAAAUUGCUCGCGACCUCGCAAAGGCUGGCCUGUCCGGACGCGUCAGUGAGCCGACUACCCCGCCCGAGCCUGCAGCUGUUUCCAACGCCAUCUCUCGCCCUUCUCGGUUCUCGAACACGAGUGUCACGUCGUCUCCUGCCUUCUUCGAUGCGUUUGCUUCUUCGUCUACCCUGACCUCCCCUCAGGCUCCGUCUCAGUCGGGUCACUCUCAUGCGCCGUCUUUCGAUCGAAUUGAUCGUUUUACCGGUCGCUCUGUUCCCGUAUCUCGACGAAAUUCUGAGAAGGACGAGUAUCUGAUGGAUUCGUCCGCUGCCGUCACCAAUCCCACUUCGCGGGCCGGACCGUCUGCCCACCGUCUCUCAUUGCCCUCUAACAACUUCAAUGCUCCUUAUUCAUCAAACAUGCUGGGCUACAAUACUCAGGGCAUUGACUCUUUUGCUGUGGCAAAGGCAAUCUUUCACGACGACGACAAGAACCCAUUGAGAGAUGAAGCUGGGGUACGCACCCCUGAUCUCAACACAUAUCUCAGCAUGACUGAGCCUGACGACAAAUUCCCUACUCUUCGCCGGGGUGAUUUGAACAUGCUGUCUGCCAACCCGGAUGCCCUCGAUCUGGCAAAUUCUCGCACCCCAGGCCCGGAUCACUUUUCGUACCACAAUCGUCGUUCACGCAAUCAUCAGAGUAUGCCUCAAAAUGUUCUAGGACUCAUGCAUUUUGAUCAGCAGGGACGCCAGACAGAGGAUCGUUCUCCAGCUCACUCUAGCCAUCAUCCUCGACGCUCUCUAGAGAAUGGCUUCAAUUUCCCUGGGGACCGUUCUGGAGAAUCAAUGGCUUCGAUCCCGGCUACCACCCGUCCGGUCGCUUUGCAGUCUUCAUACUCGACCAAUGACCUUCCUACAGUCCGAGGUGCACCCUUUGAUGCUGCAAUCACGCCUCCAAAGACCUAUACUCAUGGUCUUCACCAGCAGAACAACAGCAUGGGACGCAUUCCAACUGGCAAUGCCCAUCAUUACACCGCUCGCAAUUCUCCAGAGUCUGGGAACAAAAGCAUUCUGAAUACUCAGACUGUAUUGCAGCCUGGUGCUACCCCAUUUGGACCCCAGCUGACAUCCGUUGCACCUACCAGUAGCAUCUUGGGGCCUGCUGUCUUGGCCAGUCAACAAUUCCCAAUGUACAACUAUGGGGCCGGUGUCUCGCCUUAUGUUCAGCCUGCACAGCAAAUGGCGCCCUAUAACCCUCCUAACCCUUUCCCUUACACUAAUUAUCCUAACAAUGGAUAUCGUGCCAAUGACUCUGCCUCCCGAGGUGGUUCGUUUGGCCAGCGCCGUGGGACAGAGGGAGAAGGAUCCCAGGUCAAUCGCUAUGCUGGAAACAUGCCUCUUGAAACCUACAAAGGCGAAAUCUACAGCAUGUGUAAGGACCAGCACGGGUGUCGCUACCUGCAGCGUAAGCUGGAGGAUCAAGAUCCUGAUCAGGUUGAAAUCAUCUUCAAUGAGACACACAUGCAUGUGGUCGAGCUGAUGACUGAUCCCUUUGGUAAUUACCUUUGCCAAAAACUGCUUGAGUUCUCAAACGAUGAGCAACGAACUCUUUUGAUCAAACAUGCAGCUCCUCAGCUUGUGCAGAUUGCACUUAACCAGCAUGGAACUCGUGCUCUUCAAAAGAUGAUCGAAUACAUCUCCAACCAGGAGCAAACACAAAUUGUGAUUCGGGCUCUCAAGUACAACGUUGUGGAUUUAGUGAAGGAUUUGAACGGCAAUCAUGUUAUUCAGAAGUGUUUGAACCGUUUGAGUGCGGCCGAUGCUGAUUUUAUCUACGAAGCUGUAGGUGAGGCCUGUGUCAUUGUUGGUACUCAUCGUCACGGAUGCUGUGUACUGCAGCGCUGCAUUGAUCACGCAUCGGGUAGUCAGAAAUCACGCCUGAUUGCUGCAAUCACCAGAAACUCCUUUGUUCUUGUUCAAGACCCGUUCGGCAACUAUGUGGUUCAGUAUAUCUUGGAUCUCGGAGAGCCUGGCUUCACUCAUCCUCUGGUUGACACCUUCAGAGGACAGAUCCCUGCUCUCUCAAAGCAGAAGUUCAGCUCCAAUGUCAUUGAAAAAUGUCUUCGCACCGCAGAUGCCAGUUUCCGUGAUAAGAUGAUUGGGGAGAUGUUGCAGGAUGGAGAACUCGAGAGGAUGAUUCGUGAUUCAUUUGCCAACUAUGUUAUCCAAACUGCUAUGGAGUAUUCUGAUGGACCGACUCACACUCGAAUUAUGGAGGCCAUUCGCCCUCUUCUUCCGGCGAUUCGCACAACUCCUCAUGGUCGUCGUAUUGCUACCAAGAUGGCGGCCUCUGACAAUGGAACUCGUCCCACAGCCAUGGGAGUUGUCGCCGUGCCCAACCAAAUGAAUAACUCUGUCCAGCUCCCUGGGCCUCUGAGGACCAAGGAGACUAUGAUGGGCCAAGAAGUGUCCUUUCACAACCCAAAAUAUCCGCCAACCCCUGCAACCAGCUCGACCGCCAACACCCCUCCAAGCGGAGUCAUUGAGUCUUCCAUGUUUCGUGCUCCGAUCUCCCCAGCGGCAAACCCGAUGAUCUCUCCUGAUCAGCGCUCUCCCUUCUAUUAA